CCAACCACAGGUACAGGGCAUUGUGAGCAAAAUUGUUCCCUUUGACAACAUUGAUACUGAUGUGAACAUUGUCAACCAGGCUGAGUCUGUCACUGUUAGUGGUGUGAGGUAUGAUAAAGGAUCAGCGGUUGUUCUUGGAACAGAUGGUGGUUUGUGCCAGUUUGGCAGAAUUGACAUCAUUCUUGUUCAUGCAGGAACCGUAAACUUCAUUGCAAUGGAAUUGCACACAUCAAAAUUCAGUAGGCAUCAUCAUGCUUAUGUUGUCAGUGAAACAAACAAGUAUGUUCCAGUCAAAGUCAGUGACCUCUUGGAUUUUUAUCCCCUUGAAAUAUACAGUCUUGCAAAUAUAAACUACAUUCCUCUAAAACAUCGUGUCCACAUGGAAAUGUAAAAGUGUGCAAAUGAUGAGCAAUAGUAUUUUAAUUUUGGCAUUGCUUUUUGUUUUGUUUUAUCUGGCUGCAGUUCCCACAAUGGAGUACCUUGUAACAUGUGGCAUGUCCAGGAAGGUGGUUAAAGCUGCAGACAACUCUGAACUAGAAGCUAGAAUUAGAGAAGUUUUUGAGAUUCCUGAGAAAAACAAAAUCACCUUACAAGUCUACAGCCAGAAAUGGGGGGAGUACAUUGACACCAGAGCCCAAGAUGUUGAGAGCAGUGCCAAAAUAAAUGUUAUCAAUUAUGAGAGUGAGUUUCCUCUUAUAAUACCAAGCAGUUCAGAGUCUAAUUUUGACACAAUGAGUAUCCCAUCCUUCUCAUCCGUGAGUCAGAUUUUGUCUGACAGUGGGAGUGACAUGCUUGUCUCAGACUGUGUCUCAUCACCAGACCAGGACAACUGCAGUGUUCCAGUUCCAAAUAUGAGUGAGUCACUGGUGACAGUUGGUGCACAGAAUUGGCCAUCACCAUUCAAGCUUCAUUGGCAGUGCUUCCCCCCAGACCUGAAGAUGGCUUUGGCAGAGAAGAAGCAACUUGACAUCAGACAACAGAAGAAGCUGGUACAAGCUGUUUUCGAUGAGAUGAGGAGAGUUACCUGGACACCACACCCCUGGCAAUACGAUGAAGCGGCUCGUGCUAUCACUGAAACCUACCCACAUCUUGCUGACAAGACACCACUCUGCAAGCCUCAUGACAUAUGGAAAGGUCGACUUUCUGAUAAGUUCAGAAAUGAAAGGAAGAGGAAGAGGACUCAAGAUCAACUUUCCAGUCCUGAAACGGUUGCUCCAAAGCGACAGCGAUCAAGCACUCAAUCAAGCACCUUGCAGCUUCCAGAAGGAGAGGACGAAGUGUCAAUGGAGAGACACAUUAGUGCCCUGUGCGAAGAACACAAAAAGCGGCAGGGGGAUGAGAACAAAAUUGACAAACUUAUGGAUCUAACCUUUCCAGUAAGAAGGCAAGCCAUCCUCAAGAAGGCACUGGUGGUCGACAUCAAGGCACAAUAUCCUGCGCUUUUCACACCGAAACAGAUCUUUCUUGAGUUGGGCAGAAUGAUACCAUCACUAGAGUCUUUGAAUGCUGACAUCUGCAUCAAGAAAAUGUCACCAUAUGUGUCGGCAAUUAUGAACUACCCGUUCUACAAGAAGGCUGAUGAAAGCUUCCUUCGGCUGAUCCAGACAAAGAUAUUUUCUUCUGAAGCAGACACCGAGAAGGAAUAUUUAAAGACUGCUGGAGCAAUUCUGAUGCUGCCAUCUUUCUUUGUUGGCGAAAACCGCACUCAUCUCAUCACUGACCAAAAGGAUGAGUCUGCUGUUCAUGUUCAGCCACACCUACAAUACUCUGGGCAACAGAAGGACCUCUUGUCCAUGGAGGACAGCUAUGCUGUGUAUGCAGAGCAACAGGAGCUAUUCGAGGUUACAGGCCUCAUCGAUGGUCUGUUGACAUUGCUGGCCACAUACUUCAUCUUUGAUAUGGCAUACCCAAAAGGUAUUAGAAACACCCUAACAUUCCUGCAGUUGAAUGUGUUGAAGAUGACUCAAGGGGCUAAACCCCCAAAACCUGUGAGUAGAGUCAUAAAUCUCCUCAGAAAGGGUGAUGAGUAAUUAAAUUGACCCUCAUAACAAACCAUAUCAGCUGCUCAUUUUUUGUUUUAAUUUUUAUAUUUAAUUUCAGUUUCAUUGUCUUUAUUUUGGUGUUUUUUUUAGUUUCUCAGAUAGUUUAUGGGAAAAGAAGAAGAGAGUACAUGUACUUUCAUUAAUAGUAAGUCAACAACUUUGAACACUAAACAUGGAGGGGGAUAUCCACAGGAUUCAUACAAAGGUCGUAUUAAUUGUAGAUUUGCCUGCUGCUACUCUUUGUCAGCAACUCUAUUUUAUUAUUUGUUGGUUAAUCUGCUUAUGAUUGAUCAUUUCUGGGGGAUAAAAACCUAAACGAUAAAGGCCCUAAAACAAAGGCCCCCCCCCCCAAAGAAAACAAUGGGAAGAAUUGUACUUUGUGUAAGAAAAAUGUAAUAAUAUUUGUUUGUAUUAUUCAAAGAGUGUCAGGAGCACACCUUGAUUUUUUUCUAAGUCUGAGAAAAGUCUCAAACUUCAAAGAAAAACUGAACUCAUUUUGUCAGCAACACUCGGUUAUUUGUUGGUUAAUCUGCUUAAGAUUAAUCAUUUCUGGGGGAUAAAAACCUAAACGAUGAAGGCCCAAAAACAAGGCCCCCCCC